CAGAACGCAGGAAUCCAGCACUUUGUAUGUGGGUGUAUCUCCUUUUGUCAUCCAAUCAGAGGCCGCGCUGAGUCACGGUAGGUUUCAGCGUAGAAACAGAGAAGUGCUUCUGUCACUUAUUAAGCUUGUUGACAAAGAGCAUCAUGGGUAAAAAGAGUCGAGUCAAGACUCAGAAGUCUGGUUCAGGAGGAGCCAGCACUGCCGUUUCUCCGAAAGAGAUGAUGAACCUGAUCUCUGAGCUGCUGCAGAAAUGCAGCAGUGCAGCCUCUGCUGGUAAAGAGUGGGAGGAGUAUGUCCAGAUCCGAGGCCUGGUGGAGAAAAUCCGCAAGAAACAGAAAGGCCUGUCGGUGGUGUUCGACGGCAGCAGAGAGGAGUAUUUCUCAGACCUGAUGGCGUGGGCUCAGGAGAACGGAGGACCCUCUGAAGGAUUCUGUGUCUCAGACUUUGGAUCAGAGGGAUACGGACUGAAGGCCACCAGAGACAUCAAGGCAGAGGAGCUGUUCCUGUGGGUUCCCAGGAAGAUGCUGAUGACGGUGGAGUCUGCUCAGAACUCCGUGCUGGGUCCUCUGCACAGUCAGGACAGGAUCCUGCAGGCGAUGGAGAACGUGACGUUGGCGUUCCACCUGCUGUGCGAGCGCGCUGACCCGUCUUCACCGUGGAUGCCGUACAUCCACAGUCUCCCUCAGGAGUACGACACACCGCUCUACUUUCAGCAGGAGGAGGUGCAGCUGCUGCUGGGAACUCAGGCCAUCCAGGACGUCUUGAGCCAGUACAAGAACACCGCGAGACAGUAUGCGUACUUCUACAAACUGCUGCAGACUCAUCCUGCUGCCAGCAAACUGCCUCUGAAGGACAGCUUCACCUUUGAUGACUACAGGUGGGCGGUGUCCUCCGUGAUGACCCGUCAGAACCAGAUCCCGACUGAGGACGGCGGCAGGCUCAUUCUGGCCCUGAUCCCCCUGUGGGACAUGUGCAACCACACCAACGGACUGAUCACUACAGGAUAUAACCUGGAGGACGAUCGCUGCGAGUGUGUCGCUCUGCAGGACUACAAGGAGAACGAACAGAUCUACAUCUUCUACGGCACGAGAUCGAACGCAGAGUUUGUGAUCCACAACGGGUUCUUCUUCCAGGAUAAUGCUCAUGACAGAGUGAAGAUCAAACUGGGCGUGAGCAAGAGCGAGCGCCUGUUUGCCAUGAAGGCCGAGGUGCUCUCCAGAGCAGGGAUACCUGCGUCUUCUACUUUUGCUCUACACUGUAAUGAACCGCCGAUCUCUGCUCAGCUGCUCGCCUUUCUCCGAGUCUUCUGUAUGACCGAGGAGGAGCUGAAGGACUACCUGCUGGGGGAGGGGGCCGUCGGUAAGAUCUUCACUCUCGGAAACAGCGAGUUCCCUGUCAGCUGGGACAACGAGAUCAAACUGUGGACCUUCCUCGAGACGAGAGCCGCUCUGCUGCUCAAGACCUACAAGACCACAUCAGAGGAGGACCGCUCCCUUCUGGAGAAGCCGGAUUUGUCGCUGCACUCUCGUCUGGCGAUCCAGCUGCGUCUGGCAGAGAAGCAGAUCCUGGAGAGGGCGUUGGCCAGCGGACGAGCUAAACGUCUUCACUUUGAGAAGAAGCUGGAGGAGGACGCUCCUCUGCCUCGCUACGAGGAGAGCGACAUCGCUCUGCUGGAGAACUCCCAGUCGAAGCUCCCCAUCAUCCUGCGUCAGCUGGAGGAGGUGGAGGAGGGGCAGGAGGUUCCCGAGGAGGAGGAGGAGGAGGAGGAGCAGCACAGCCUCCUGCUGAAUGGGCAGAAGGAGGCGUACGGCGUGAAGGAGGAGGCGAACGGAGAGGAGACGCAGGAGGAGGUCAGAGGAGACGUAGAUCUGGACUCUAUGGAGAAAGGUCAAAGGGAGUCGGCGGAGCUGACAGCAAGCCGGACUGAAGACAAGACUGAGGAGUGAUGGUUACCAUGACAACGACAUUUAUUUAUAUUUGUCUUUGGAAGACUGAGAAAUACAAAAACUACAAUUAUGGACUUUACUGUGUUCAUCAGCGCUGACAGAUAGAUCGUAUAAAUAAAUAAAAAUAAUGUUUGUUCAGUUCAAGACGUAGAUUUACAUCCGAACAUUUCAAAACAAAAAAAAAAAAAUCAAAGUGAUGAAUUAUUUUAUUAUCGUUCACACAGACACGAUGUGUCUGCUGCUUGUCUUCAUAUGUGUCCUCUGUGUGUCUGAGACAAUCAUGUGAGCUGACCUCGAACAGCUCUGCUCUGUAAACAAAAACAAAAAACUAAAGGAAGCGGCAAACGCUUGUGCUAUGGAUUGGUUUAGGCAGGUGGAGCUCCGCACGCUCUGCAUUUAUAACGACGGAGCUCAAAUGAUGGAGCUCAUACAGUUUUUGCAAGAGCUCUACAUUAAAAGGGAUAACGUUAAGACUCUGAUUUAAGAGCUCUAAAUGUUAAAAGGUCUCAGCUCUAGUCAGACACACGUCUUAGAGCUCACUAAUUUGAAGGAAUGCCGCUAAUAUAGUUGUCACAUUUUUAAAGGUAGAGCUUCAGACACUUGUUUUAGAGCUCCUCAUUUAAACUGGUGGAGCGCAGACCCUCGUCUUAAAGCUGAA